AUGGUUCGUGGAGAAGCAAGACUUCAUUCCCAUGCAAGCAGUUCCUUCUCCCUCUCAUCGUCAGUUGAGUUAGAGUCCACCUUGAUGAUGCUGCCUGAAGACAAAAUCAGUGAAGGAGAAGAUGUAGAAAACAAAGAAGAUAAUAUCAGCCGGGACUCCGGUGGUUCCUCGAAUAAUUAUGGGACUAAUCUUUCUCUAUAUAGGAAUAGAAAAAGGUGGUACAGGGUAGGCUUGUUAGAGAUGAAUGACCGUGAUGAGCAGGUAGCUUUGCUGUUAGACAUGCUUAAAUGUGAUAAGUCUGAACUCUGUUCUAUUUAUCGAUACUGCAGUAUCUGUUUGUUUCAAGCUUACAUGACUUAUGCAGAGGCUCAAAAAUUCCGUGCGUUGGCAGAAGUUAAGUACGUCGCAAUGGUUUCACCGAGUGACGAUGUUCAGUCUGCAAAACGGAUCAUGUCUGGAAUUUUUAAGGUUAGACCAAAAUCAAAGAAACAAAAGCUUAGCCUAGGCAGCAUACUCUCGGAGUGGAGACAAAACAAAGAGAAAUGGACGUAUAAUGAAGAUUUGGAGCUGAAGGAUUCAGAAGAAGAAGAAUUCUCAGAGGAUGAAUGCAGCUAUGAUUUCAGUGGUUUCUCUGAUGACAAAUACGAUAGUUAUUUUCAUUUUGAUGAGUUUGGGAAAAGGUGGUACAAAGUAUGCUUGGUAGAUGACAAAACAGAGGAUGAUCAGGUAGCUUUGCUGCUAGACAUGCUUAAAUGUGACCAGUCUGAAAUUCGUUCUAUUUAUAAAUAACAUAUUCCUGAUCUGUUUAAAGCUCGCAUGUCUGAGGAAGAGGCUGAUAAAGUUGCUGGGUCCAAAGAAGUUGAGUUCGUCGAGCCACUUUGUUAUGCCAUAUUCCUUAAGUAGGACUUAGGCUGUCUUGCAAGUUGAUGAAAGUGACCAAGAAUGUCUCAAAUUUUACUACUAUCUAAUAUUCAUAACAUUGAAUAUAUA